CUGGACUUCAUGCCCUGUCCUCUGUCUUGGCAGUGGCACUCCUUGUUCCUCGUGUCUGUGUGCUCAUCUGACACUAGCUUGUGUUGUCCAUCUGCUUUAUAUGUAUGUAUACUUCAUUACCUGCUACUGGGAUCAGUGAUCGAUUGACCCCUGGCUAGAGAGAAAUGCUCAUCAUCAAGGCUGUGUCUCAAUUGUGAAGUGGUUUAUUUUAACCUUGAUUCCUAAGGAAUGUUCCUGUUAGGUCUAGGUACCAAGUGAGAAUGUUUCCUGUGCUUCCGGCUAUAUUAGGAUAUUGAUAUGCUGCCAUAUAACCUACAUCUGCCACCUAUUUAGAAUGCAUCCUUGCAAUCGAGAGAGAGUCUCAUUGUAUGCUGGAAGGACAAAGCUCCUUCAUUGAUUUGCAGGAAACCAAUGGAGCUAUUCAUGAACAAAUAACCACAGUGCAAAGACUUUCACUGCAGGAGCAGCAAACUAAAUAAUUAGCAAAGGGCAUUAAAGGUGCAGUGUGUAGGAUUUAGAGGCAUCUAGGGGUGAGGUUGCAGAUUGAACCCUGAUGAAUACUGCCCCCUCCUCCCUCACCUCUCCUUACACCUCCCUUUCCAACGACGUAGACGAGGCUACGGUGGCCAGUUCUGGCCUGAAAGGUGCCAGUAGGUGUUUCAAAAAGGAUGAAUGUGUACAGACAUAUCUAUACGACAGCAUAGGGUAGCUAUCACCAAGCAUCGAGUAGCACAUUUUUUCUUACUUUGUAAUAGUAUAUUCCAUUUCUGCCAAGUCUGUUCUGUUCGAUGACACUAAAUUCUACACAUUGCACUUUUAAGCAGGCAUAAAGCAGGUAAGUUUUCUGUAGGGUAAGCCUUGAUCACAUUAUUAAUUUCCAAGGAAAGUGCCGCUGCACAUUGGUCGCAAAUUUGUCGCCGUACAUCUGUGUUCAAUGUAAUAUGAACAGUUGUCAAAGUCUUUUUGUGACCAAUAUAGUCCACAGUCGAGUAGAGAGGAACCACAGCCCUGUCAUGCAUUGUCUGGGUUAGAUAUGAUUCAUACUGUCACUGCUACUCCCAGUUGUGCCUGUCUUGUCUGUGUGUUUGUGGCUACGCGUGAGUGCGUGCAUGCACACGCGUUUACACGUGUGUGCAAUUGGUGGAUGCAGAUUAUACAUUCCUUACUUCACAUUCCUUCUCCACUUCCGACUCAAUGACAACGUCAGUGUCUGAUUUGUGUGAGUUCUGUCACUAGCGGUGCCAGCUCACCAUCCGAGGACAUGAUAUGCUUGCAUCAUAGAUCUUAGGGGGCAACAAUGUCUCACUAGAGCUUAUAUAACGACUGUACCGUUAAAGGUUCAGGAUAAAGGUUCACGACUGAUUGGCAAAAGUCUAUUAUAAUAUGAAUCCCCAAAAAAUAGACCACCUGACUUGAGAGUUAAUGCAUCUAAAGUGAAGAGUGGUUUUUGUUUUACAGAUUUUCUUUUAGCAAUUUUAGAUGAAGAACAUUUUAGGUUAGGGAUAGAAUACGUUCCGAUUUAUUUGGCAACCAUUUUUUUCUCGCUACCAAUAUGUGUUUGAUAAACAUCUUUCCAAUACAUCACUUUAACCAGGUACUGCCUAGUCCUACCGCCUGAAUGGUUUUGUUUGUCUAAGGACAUAUCCCCUAACACACUGUUUGCCCUCUGCUGCUGUUUGUCUUAUGCACACUCUGAUAACUGAACAUUGACAGCUGGAGUGAGACCAAAGCUAGUUAACAGGAAAAGUCCAGACUGUAUACCCUAGUCAUUCCCCAGUGGCUUUGUAGAAAAAACCCAUAUGUGUCAUCUGUUCUCUGACGAAUCAAGGGAUUCCUUAACCCUGUCUCAUUUCGUCCUUCCUUUAUGAUAAGCUCAAGGAUAAGCCAACUCCUGAUUGGCUCAAAAUCCCAUCCAUCAUUGACAUUGCAUCCAAUCCAUUGGUGGGGCGGUCCUCUUGCAUGGUUGGGGGCGGGCCUAUUGAUGAAGACGCUUGGGGGGUUUCUUCUUGUGGUGAGGGGAAUGAGAGAUUGUGGUAUGAAGCCAGCUACAUCCUGACUCCACCCCCUCCAGUGAUCACUGCAGGGUCUUCCAGCCUCCCCCACGGUUUCCCAGCAGUAAGACAUUUCAAGACCAGCUACAGAAGCACAGUCCCUACGCAGGGCCUCCUGCUGCACCAGAGCUGUGCAGAAGAGCUACUUGGAUAUUGGAUUCCCUCUGUAUGGGGAAAUGGAUGAAAACAAUGGCCACGGCAUUUAUUUGUCUGACCGCGGGGGUUCACUGCCGGGACACACAGAGACAGAUAAGCUACAGCGGAACAGGGACACGGUGUUCUUUAGGGACGGCGUGCGGAGGAUCGAUUUUGUGCUAUCUUACGUAGAAGACAAAGAUGAAAAGAAACCGGAGAGAAGGAGGGAGUUUGAGGCGAACCUCGAGAAAGCAGGGCUUGAACUGGAGACCGAGGACAGACGCGACUCGGACGAUGGCCGGACGUACUUCCUUAAGAUCCACGCUCCUUGGGAGGUACUGGCCACCUACGCUGAUGUCUUGAAGAUAAAGGUCCCUUUCAAGCUGAGCGAUGUUCCUCACGCCCAGGACGUCCCGCUCGGGUGGCUGUCGCAACCCUUCCGUCUGCCGGAGAAGAUCAUGCGGCCGCAGCCCGACUACUUCACCACGGCCUUUGAUAAGGGAAAGACAGACUUCUUCCUCAUCAACGACAAAGACUCCCUUUUCCCGCCCUCCACCAGGAACAGAAUUGUGUUCUACAUCCUGGCUCGCUGUCCGUAUCAAAAGGAGGAUCGGCAGGAAAAAUACAAGAAGGGGAUCAAGAGAUUACUCAGCAAUGGCACCUACACUGCUGCCUUUCCCCUGCACGACAGUCGCUACUGGAAAGGGGCAACAAAUCAAGAGUGCGAGAGCGAACGCUACAACCUCUACAAGAACUGGGCCCGCUUCCUCUGUUUCUACAAAGAACAGCCUCUCAACCUCAUCCGGAAGUAUUAUGGAGAAAAGAUUGGAAUCUACUUCGCAUGGCUGGGCUUCUACACUGAGAUGCUGUUUUUCGCUGCAGUCAUGGGUGUGAUUUGUUUUGCAUAUGGUUUGCUCAGCUACGACGACAAUAUAUCCAGUAAAGAGAUCUGCGAUCCCAGCAUUGGUGGAAGUAUCGUGAUGUGCCCACUUUGUGAUAAAAAGUGCAGUUUCUGGAAGCUCAACUCUACCUGUCUAUCUUCCUGGCAAUCCCAUCUGUUUGACAACGAGGGGACGGUGUUCUUCGCCAUCUUCAUGGGGAUCUGGGUCACUCUGUUCCUGGAGUUCUGGAAGAGGCGGCAGGCCCGCCUUGAGUACGAGUGGGACCUGGUGGACUUUGAAGAGCAGCAGCAGCAGCUGCAGAUGAGGCCUGAGUUUGAGAUGAAAUGCACUCGCAAGAGGAUGAACCCGAUCACCAAGGAAUCUGAGCCGUAUCUUCCAAUGAGCAGCAAGCUUGCUCGCUUCUGCAUAUCGGGCACCACCGUGCUUUUCUGGAUGUCCCUGAUCGUUGCCUGUAUCAUCGGGGUGAUAGCCUACAGGCUGGCUGUGUUCGCGGCAUUCGCCAGCAUCAUGAAGGACAGCCCCACCAGGAAUAUCCAGCUGGUUGGGAACCUGAUCACUCCACAGCUGGCCACCUCCGUCACCGCCUCCUGCAUCAACUUUGUCAUCAUCAUGAUCCUCAACUUCUUCUACGAGAGGGUGGCCGUUUGGAUCACCGAUAUGGAGAUCCCAAAGACCCACCUGGAAUACGAGAACAAACUGACCAUGAAGAUGUUCUUGUUCCAGUUUGUGAACUACUACUCGUCCUGCUUCUACGUGGCCUUCUUCAAGGGGAAGUUUGUGGGUCACCCUGGAAACUACACGUAUAUGUUUGGCAAGGCGAGCAGACUAAGGAACGAAGAGUGUGACCCAGGGGGCUGUCUGAUUGAGUUGACCACCCAGCUGGUCAUUGUCAUGGUGGGAAAGCAGCUGUGGGGAAACAUCCAGGAAGCACUGCUGCCGCUGAUGCGCAACUGGUGGGGCAGCCGUAAGGGGAGGCACCAGCCUGAGAACCAGUACAGCCGCUGGGAGCAGGACAACGACCUGCUGAACUUCACCCAGCUGGGCUUGUUCUAUGAGUACCUGGAGAUGGUGGUUCAGUUUGGUUUCAUCACCCUGUUCGUGGCCUCCUUCCCCCUGGCUCCUCUGCUGGCCCUCUGCAACAACAUCCUGGAGAUCCGCGUAGACGCCUGGAAGUUCACCACCCAGUUCAGAAGGCCCGUGGCCUCCAAGGCUCGUAACAUCGGAGCCUGGCAGGAGAUCCUCAAUGUGGUGGCCAUCUUGUCUGUCGUCACCAAUGCGUUCAUCGUGGCCUUCACGUCGGACAUGAUCCCGCGCCUGGUCUACCUGUACUCCACCCACAACAAGGACGAGCUCACCAUGCGCGGCUACGUCAACAACAGCCUCUCCGUCUACAGCAUCUCCCAGAUCCACCUGGACAGCAUGCCCGAGGAUGGGGACAGCCCCUCCUGGUAUUCCAACUCCUCCAUCACCACCUGCAGGUAUCGUGACUACCGCUACCCACCUGGCCACCAGAAGCAGUAUGAUCAUACCAUGCAGUUCUGGCACAUCCUUGCAGCCAAAAUGGCCUUCAUCAUCAUCAUGGAGCACGUGGUCUUCGUUGUGAAGUUCUUUGUGGCGUGGAUGAUCCCGGACGUGCCGUCGGAGGUGAAGGCUCGGAUCAAGCGGGAGCGCCACCUGAUCCAGGAGUACCUGCACAACUACGAGGUGGAGAAGCUCAAGCUGCAGCUCUGCCUGUCCAAUUUCCCUGUCCCCGCCAGCGCAACCCCCACGUGCAACGCGGCCAGCACCGCCAACACCGCCACGACCAACGCGGACGCCUGCUCAGAGCUGUGCACCGAAGUGCUCUGUCCCCUGGACGCAGACGAGACGACGGCUGAGUGUCCGAGCCCCUCUCCCUCUCUCCCUGGCUGGAACUCCACACUAGCAUCCAGAGACGUGGCGGGGGGACGCGACAGCCUAACAGAGGAUAAUGCUGCCCAGGGGGGCCUCUAAGGGCCUUGCACACACUGCCCCAACAAACACCAACCUUCAACUGUAAUGCCGACGUGCGCCAUCAGCGAUUCUAAAAGUUUGUCGACAACAAACCUAGGCCCAAUCCCAUUUCUACCCCUUACCCCUACCCCUUACCCCUUCAAAACAAGGGGGAGGGGUAAGGGGAAGGGGUAGAAAUGGGAUGGGGCCCUAGUCCUCGCCACUGCCAACCACGACCAACGGAUUCAGCUGCCCCAAUGUUGGUGUCUGUUGGUUUUUGGGCAGUGGGGAAGCAUCUUUGAGAUGCGACCGGGGUCUUCUCUAUGUGAGGGGGGGUUGGGAUCCUCCAUGGGAAAGGGGGGGGGGGGUUCAAUGGCGAGCCUUUCGUUCCAGUUAUAGUGGUGAAACAUGUUUAUUUUAUAAAUGAGUUAAAGGUUGCUUCAAUCCUAUAUUAGGAUCAGUUUAGUGAUGAAGAAAUGUCGUGCCCUGCUCGGAACCACCCCAAGUAUGUUCCAGGUAGAAUGAACCACAGAACUGUGCUGUCGUAGUAGCGGGUUAAGUUUGAUGAGAUGGCGAGUGGCUGGAGCAGAGAUUUAUAGUGGAUUCAACAGUAUGUAUACUAUCUACUAAAAUAGGUAUUGUCAGAUCUAAGUUGCCUUUGCUAUUGCUCUGAACACUUAAGAUAAAGUGUUAUGUGUUAAGAUUUAUAAUAUCAUGAUGUCAUUGGAGAGCUGUGUUGUGCAUGUGAUCCUUGCACCGGCUGCCUUAGGGAUGUUCAUAUCUGUUUUGUGCUCUUAUUGUUCUGUUCUUUCAAAUAAUUAAAAUCAAUCAUAUAUCUCCAAUGUUGCACGAUAAAAGUUUAGAGUUUAUGUAAAUUAUGAGAGUUGUACACAGAGAAAACUUUCAACUUAACAAUUAUGUUAUUGUCUGUCUUCACAAAACAUAUUAUUUGUGUUCCUGAAUCAUUAAUUAAAUGAUUUGUAUCUUGAUCAUAUGCUCAAGUCCUGCACUCGCUCUUCAAGAUUAGAGUUUUACUAAAUCUUACCUCAAAAAUAAUAAUUAUAACUGUUGAAUCAGAUGCUGCACUAAUCCAAUUUAAAGUGUAUUGUAAUAGUUCCACUCAGACCACAUUCCAAUUAAGGAUAACUUCACGGAGGAUAGGACAGCAGCUAAACACUCUGUGGCUCGGGCGGAGUCAGCCUGAGGGACCAACCAGACCUAUCCAACGUGUUCCUUAGAAAAGAGAGAAAGAAGGACAGAGCCACUGUUCCAAUCUCUUCAUUCUGUCCAGCGCUCCACUGUCAACUGUUCAAUUUACUCCCAAGACUAGCCAUGCAUGUUUUCGAUCAUUCUAUCAGUUCAAAUACAUGUUCAUUUUAUGCCAUGUAUAAACAGCCAUUGAAAUCAUUUAUGUUAUUUGUAUGUUAAGGUUAUUUUUGUAUUGAAACGUUAAAAAAAUGAUUACUCCAUAAUGUGCAUUUAAGAGCAUGGACUGUAUUCAAGUUAUAAUUUAAUGUAGCUUAUUAUCAUGGUAUACUAAGGUCAAAGUUAAAUACAAUUAUUAUUAACUAUUGUUAUUUUGCUCUGACUUUUGUCGCCCAAAGCUAGUUCUAUUUUUUUACAUUAAUGCAAAGGUCUAUCUGAUGCUGUAAACUUAACUUAAACCUAUAACUUAAAAAUAUAUGUUUGGCACGGGUGAAUGCAUGUGAAGUCCCAAUGUAAUGUUGGCUUAUAGAGUUGUUAUAAUUGAAGAAGAAUCGUUAUUAUUUUCAUUACACAUGAUUUAGUACUACACAAAUAAAUAAACUAUCAGCAUUUGACUCAUCACUUGCUGCAGCACUAAGAGCAGAAGGCUACUCCAAUUUAUGCUUACUACAUGUCUUCUUUAUAUGCUGUGAAAUAAAGCUUUUUUGAAUCCUGAA